AUGAGUUCAGACCUGUUCCGGUAUACGAGCGGCCGCUGGCUCUGGGAUGAAGAACAGCAACUCCGGGAUCGUUUCUCGCCUUUCAAUGUCUCCGAACUGCAGAAUGUUGCUGCAAGGAGUGUUGGGGCAGACCACUGCACUGGGAUCAUCAAAUUGGCCGAAGGCUCGUACAAUAAAACAUUCAGGCUGACCAUGAACAAUGGCGCCACAGCGAUCGCUCGGAUUCCUCAUCCCAUCGCCGGUCCUCGAUACUACAUGACAGCUUCCGAGGUCGCGACAAUGGAUUUUGCUCGGACCAUCCUGCAGAUCCCAGUGCCGCGAGUAUUCGCUUGGAGCGCCGAUGACAGUGAUCCAGUGGCUUCUGAGUACAUCAUUAUGGAAGAGGCUCCUGGUACCAAGUUGGAUGAUGUAUGGGAAGGCCUUUCACUGGAGGAAAAGGCCGCAGUCAUGAAAGAUCUCGUCGUCCUGCAGAAAAAGAUGGCGUCCGUCUCGUUCAAUAGGUACGGUAAUCUGUACUAUGCGGAUGACGGUGUAGAAAAAGCUGUCCCAGUUGAGAUCAGUGGCGACCUGCCGAUCGAAGUCAAAAGGAGUGUGACGCACCGAUUCGUGAUCGGUCCAGUGGCAGAAAGAGCUUACUGGCACAAGGAGCGGUCGGCAAUGAAUGUUGACCGUGGCCCAUGGCAACACCCGGCUGAUUUUGCCACGUCCGUCGGGCGUCGGGAGCUGGACUGGAUCAGAAAGUACGCUGUUCCCAAGCCAGCGGAUGACCCUCUGGUGACUUCUGCAUCACAAAACUCGCCUAGCCGCCACAUAUCACUGCUCGAGCGGUAUCUGAAAGUUGCUCCGUAUCUCUUCCCCAGCGACCCCGAUGUUGUCGCGCCUCACCUAUGGCAUAACGACCUCCAUUCAGCGAACAUCUUUGUUCAAAACGGUCGAAUCUCUAGCGUAAUAGAUUGGCAAGAGACAUGGGCUGCGCCGUUUCUAUUUCUAGGACGCCACCCACGGCUUGUCGCUUACAGCGGGGAUAUUAUCCUCCAGCCGCCUGCCGAUUUCAACGAACUACCGCCGGAGGAGAAGCGAGCAAUCAGGGCCCGGAUGAGCAAGUCCAUCAUUCUGUACCUCUAUGAGAAGAAAAUCGCCAAGGAGGUCCCGCUGCUGGACAAGGUCAUCCGUUAUCCUCACGGUCGGACAAGGUGUGAUGCGAUAAACUUUGCUGGUGAUACGUGGGAGGAUGAUAUCCUGCCACUUAGAGAAUCACUGAUCCGAAUGGAGAGAUACUGGGGCGAAAUGGGCCUCGAAGGUCCUUGUCCGAUUCACUUCACCGAGGACGAGCUGCGUCUCCAUGCAGAAGAGGGUGACGGGUGGAAUGAAGUUCAAGACUUUUGGGAGUCGGUGUCAUUCAUUGUUUCUCGUGAUGGCUGGACCCCGAACGACCGCUAUGGUGAUGCCCUCACGCUGUUUACUGAGCUGCGCGAAACGGGUCUCAAAUCCAUGGUAGGUAAAGAGAGGGAGGAUUUUGAGCGGCAAACAAACUGGGUUGAUGAGCAAAAAGAUAGGUAA